AUGGAUGCCGAAAACACUGAUGCGAAUGGUAUCCUCAGCCCUCAAUCUAUCAUCCUAUCCCUAGUGCUAGGUCCAAUCAUCCGAAUCACGCCUUGGGAAGUUCACAUCGCCGACCCCGACUUUUACGAGGUCCUCUUCAACAACAAAACCCGGUACAGCAAGAUCGAGAAGCUCCGAUACCGGUUUGGGCUGCCUUUAUCCUCUUUCGACACCAUCGACCAUACCCACCACCACCUCCGCCGCUCCGCUGUCUCGCCCUUCUUUGCGAAGCAAAAGGUGGCGGGGUUCAGCCCGCAGAUGCAGUCCAUGGCUGACAAGAUGGUAGACCGUUUGGUGACCGAUUAUAGCGAUAAAGUGAAGCCCGUCAAUAUGAACGAGGCGUACGCGGCUUUCGUGUCGGAUGCAAUCAAUUACUACACGUUUGCCAUCUCGUACAAUUUCAUAGACUAUCCUGAUUUUGUCACGCCGUUCACAACCUCAAUCAGGAAGCUAGCCAUGUCUCUCCACAUGGCAGGCCAUUUUCCCUGGCUCCUAACGCUGCUCCAAACGCUCCCGGAGUCAGUCACACAAAUUUUGAACCCGUUGUUGGUCCCCGUCUUCCGGUUUCACAAUGAAGUUAAAGACCAAAUCAUCAAGAUCAUUUCAGGCCAGAACACCUCGAACAAAGGUGUCCAGCAUCGUACCGUGUUCCACGAACUCCUGCAGUCAAAUCUGCCGCCUGAGGAGCUGUCGGUUGAGCGCCUGAAGCACGAAGCGGCUAGUAUCACAGGCGCGGGCAUUGACACGACCAAGACGACAUUGGCGCUCGCGACGUUUCAUAUACUCGACAAUUCUAGCGUCUUGAAGAGACUGCGCGAAGAAUUGAAGACUCGAAUCCCUCACGCCAAUGAGGCCAUGCCGCCCCUCCAUGAACUGGAGAGCCUUCCUUUUCUCAACGCAGUCGUUCAGGAAUCGUUGCGACUCGCGUUCGGCAUCACUCAGCGCCUCUCCCGCCUCAGCCCUGACGACCCCAUCACCUACGAGUCAUACGUGAUACCACCCAAUGUGCCUUUCAGCAUGACCUCGUAUAUACAACACCGUGAUCCCGAAAUAUUUCCCGAACCCGAUGUCUUUCGCCCCGAGAGGUGGUUGGAAAACCACAAGACGGCUUCCGGUAAGCCAUUGUCGCGGUACCUGGUGCCCUUCGGCAAGGGGCCACGAAUGUGCCUAGGGAUGAACUUCGCCAUGGCGGAGCUAUAUAUCGGGCUGGCAACGGUGUUUCGGAGGCUGGAGAUCGAGCUCUACGAGACUGGCAGGGAUGCUGUUGACAUGGCGGCCGAUUAUUUCGUGCCUAUCCCAAAGGAGGGGACGCAAGGCGUCAGGGUUAUGGUAAUUGGGACUAGUGCGUAG